UUCUCUCUCAAAUGUCUUUCGAGUGUGAUUGGUAGGUGAACGUGUUUUCGCGCUGUAGUUUUUCAUUAAAGUAACUGUGAUAUCGUUGUAAUUUACCCAUGUGAUCAUUUUCCGCGUCAAGAUAAAUGCUGUGAGCAGUAUUUCUUCUAUAAGACUUUAAAUAGGCGUGUAAAAUACUGUCCAGCGAAAGGAUGCUGGUAAACUUUUAAAUAGUUGGAUGAGAACGUUAUAUUAGACUUUAGUCCAAUAAGCCGAUUUUAAUUGGUGUUUGAAUCCCAUGGCAACCACAACAUAACUGGUAUAAAGUCCUCGUUCACUUGCUGCGACAAUGUCGUUCAAUUCCACGCUUGACGAGUUCUGUGGAUCUAAAUUUUGGGACAGCAAUCUCACCUGGUACACGGACAGCCCAGAACUCACGCCAUGCUUCGAGAAGACAGUGUUAGUGUGGGUGCCAUGCAUCUACCUGUGGGUGUUCGCCUGUCUCGAGGCCUACUACAUCCUCAACAGCAAAGAGCGGAACAUACCCUGGAAUAUGCUGAACAUCAGCAAACUCAUCAUCACGUUUCUCCUCAUAGUACUUAAAUUCGUGGACCUCGGCGUGACGGUCCACAGAUCCUCCAAAGAGGAUGAGGAAGAAGAAGUUUUCAAUGCCGAUUAUUACUGCCCUAUCAUCAAACUGCUGACGUUUGCGUUAUCAGCAACACUAUUAUACUACAACAGGAAGUAUGGUAUGAGAGCGUCGGGGGUGUUAUUCUUCUUCUGGUUGCUGCUAGUGCUGGCGGGGUUGCCGCAAAUGCGAUCGGAGAUCGUGGAACACAACCAGCUGGCGUACAAUGAGAACGUACAAUACAACUUCGUCAGCUACAUGAUAUACUAUCCCCUUAUCGUGUUGAUGUUUGUACUCAAUUGUUUCGCCGAUCUGCCGCCGAGAGACUCGCCUUACCAGUAUGAAAAGAAUCAAUGUCCAGAGAGCUCAUCAGGGUUCCCUAGUCGGUUGAUGUUCAGCUGGUUUGACCCGCUGGCGUUGACCGGCUUCCGACGGAGUCUCACGGAAAGUGACCUAUGGGCUCUCAACCCUCCGGACUCCUCAAAAGAAGUAGUGCCCAGAUUCGACAAAUUCUGGCACAGAACUCUCAAGAAACGAGAAGCUGGCAGCGGCGCCAAAGCGACGUACAGCAAGACCUCGGCGAGCGUAAACUUCAAGCCGGAGAGCGAGCGGAAGCCCGCGUCCAUCCUGCCGGCGCUGUGCCUCGCCUUCGGAGGACAGUUCUUCUUCGGAGCCCUUCUCAAACUCAUCAACGAUGUCCUCAUGUUCCUCUCGCCGCAACUGCUCAAGCUCCUUAUAGGUUUCGUAGAAAGCAAGCAACCGCUAUGGAAAGGCUACUUCUACGCCGUAUGUUUGUUAGCCUGUGCCUCAGUACAAACUAUGCUACUUGCGCACUACUUCACAAGAAUGUACCUUGUGGGCAUGAGAAUAAGGACUGCCCUCACUAGCGCCAUUUACAGGAAAUCACUUAGAAUGUCCAAUGCAGCCAGAAAGGAAUCUACUGUCGGAGAAAUUGUUAAUUUAAUGUCAGUCGACGCACAGAGAUUCCUUGAGUUGACCGCGUAUUUGAAUAUGAUAUGGUCGGCUCCGUUACAAAUAGCUCUUGCCUUGUUCUUCUUGUGGGGCAUCCUCGGGCCCUCAGUACUAGCCGGGCUGGCUGUCAUGAUAGUGCUUAUCCCGGUAAACGGCCUCAUCGCCAACAGGGUAAAAACUCUUCAAAUCAACCAGAUGAAGUACAAAGACGAAAGAGUCAAACUCAUGAACGAGGUGCUCAAUGGCAUUAAGGUACUUAAAAUGUAUGCUUGGGAGCCAAGCUUCGAGGACCAAAUACUUAAAAUCAGAAACAAAGAAAUGAAUGUUUUGAAGCAAGCCGCUUAUCUCAACUCUGCCACGUCAUUUAUAUGGUCAUGCGCACCAUUCUUGGUGACCUUCCUCACGUUCUUCACAUACGUGAUAUCCGACCCCGACAACAAUAUCCUGACGGCUGAAAAGAUUUUCGUGUCAAUGUCCCUGUUUUUCACAAUGAAUUUGCCGUUAGGACUGCUGCCACUGAUCGUGGUGUCGGUCGUUGAGACAUCAGUCGGUAUAAAGAGGUUGAACAAAUUCAUGAACUGUGACGAACUAAACGUGGACUCCAUAGAACACGACCCGAAAGAACCUAAUCCUCUGAUAAUAGAGAACGGUCAUUUCACGUGGAGUGACAAGGAGUCAGAGCUGACGUUGAAAAACAUCAACCUGCAAGUGCCCCGCGGGUCUCUGGUCGCAGUGGUCGGCGCCGUCGGCUCCGGCAAGAGUUCGCUACUGUCCGCCCUACUUGGCGAGAUGAACAAGGUCUCCGGGCGAGUCAAUACUCAUGGCAGCAUAGCAUAUGUGCCGCAACAAGCUUGGAUUCAGAACGCGACGUUGCAAGACAACAUACUGUUCGGCCACCCGCUCGACAAGCACAAGUACAGCAACGUGAUCGGCGUAUGCGCACUCAAACCGGACUUCGACAUGCUGCCCGGCGGCGACCAGACUGAGAUCGGAGAGAAGGGUAUCAACUUGUCGGGCGGUCAGAAGCAGCGAGUGUCAUUAGCGCGCGCGGUGUACUUCGACGCGGACAGUUAUUUCCUAGACGACCCGCUCAGUGCCGUCGAUUCGCACGUCGGCAAACACAUCUUUGACAAGGUGAUCGGACCAAACGGCUUGCUGAAGAGCAAAACGCGAGUGUGGGUGACACACAACGUAUCGUAUCUAUCCCAGACGGACCUGGUGGUAGUAUUGAAGGAGGGCGAGAUAUCCGAAGCGGGCACGUACCAACAACUGCUCGAGAAGAAGGGAGCCUUCGCAGAGUUCUUAGUACAUCAUCUUAGCGACGCUGAAAGAAGCUCGCCUGAAGAAUUGAACGAUAUCAAACAAGACUUGGAAAGCAAAUUAGGAUCAGAAUUCCAGAACAAAUUACAAAGAGCGCGAUCUCUAUCGGAGAGUAAUUCAGAAUCGGACCAACCCGCUGCUGGUGACCGCUCAGGCAGUGUGAAGAGACGUUCGGAGAGCACGCCGAACGAACUCAAAGAGAAGAACAAACUCAUUGAAGCAGAAAGGACUGAAACUGGCAGUGUAAAAUGGAGCGUGUACAAGCACUACCUGAUGUCGGUGGGCAUCGUGGCGUCGCUGGUGACGGUGCUGAUGAACCUGGUGCUGCAGGUGUUCCAGGUCGGCUCCAACUACUGGCUGGCGGAGUGGUCCAACGACCCUCACAUGAUGAUGAAUGGAACCGUAGAUACGAAGCGCAGAGACAUGUACCUCGGCGUGUACGGCGGUCUGGGCAUCGGGCAGGUGGUGUCGGUGUCGGUGUCGUCGCUGGCGCUGUACCUGGGCGCGCUGGGCGCGGCGCGGGCCCUGCACGCGGCGCUGCUGGCCGGCGUGCUGCGCGCGCCCUCCAUCGGGUUCUUCGACUGCACGCCCGUCGGCCGCGUGCUCAACCGGUUCGCCAAGGAUGUGGACGUGCUGGACAACGUGCUGCCCAUGACACUCCGUGGCUGGACCUCCUGCUUCUUCGCGGUACUGGGUACACUAUUCGUAAUAAGUCUGUCGACGCCUAUCUUCAUGGCCGUGAUACUGCCUAUCGGGGUGGUGUACUACAUCAUCCAGCGGUUCUACGUGGCCACGUCGCGACAACUCAAACGACUGGAGUCCGUCUCGCGGUCGCCCAUAUAUUCGCACUUCGGAGAGAGCAUCACUGGAGCUUCUACUAUACGCGCCUAUAAUGUUGCCAACCGGUUCAUCGAAGAGUCUGAGCGUGGCGUGGAUCACAACCAGUCGUGCUACUAUCCGUCGUGCAUAGCUAACAGGUGGCUGGCGGUGCGGCUCGAAAUGAUUGGCAACCUGAUCAUCUUCUUCGCUGCCCUGUUCGCCGUGCUCAAACGGGACAGCAUCAACCCCGGUCUUGUCGGCUUAUCUGUCAGCUAUGCGCUACAGAUUACACAAACCCUAAACUGGCUGGUGCGUAUGACAUCCGAAGUGGAGACUAACAUCGUGGCUGUAGAGAGGAUAAAGGAAUAUGCCGAAACUGAACAAGAGGCAGCAUGGACGGUGGCGAACGGCCCCGGGUCCACGUGGCCGGAGACGGGCGCGCUGCAGCUUCAGGCGCUGACGCUGGGCUACCGCGCCGGCGAGCCCGCGCUGCGCUCCGUGACGUGCGCCGUGGCGCCGCGCGACAAGAUCGGCAUCGUGGGCCGCACCGGCGCCGGCAAGUCCACGCUCACACUCGGACUUUUCAGGAUAGUAGAAGCGAUGAGCGGUAAGAUCCUGAUCGACGGCAUCGACAUAUCGACGCUAGGGCUCCACCAGCUGCGGUCGCGCAUCACAAUCAUCCCGCAGGACCCCGUGCUGUUCUCCGGCACGCUGCGCACCAAUCUCGACCCCUUCGGCGUCUACACUGAUGAUGAUAUCUGGCGGUCCUUGGAACACGCGCAUUUGAAGGCCUUCGUUAAAGGUCUGCAAGCGGGCCUGCGGCACGAGGUGGCGGAGGGCGGCGAGAACCUGUCGGUGGGGCAGCGGCAGCUGGUGUGCCUGGCGCGCGCGCUGCUGCGCAAGACGCCGCUGCUGGUGCUGGACGAGGCCACCGCCGCCGUCGACCUGGAGACCGACGAGCUCAUACAGAAAACAAUUCGCUCGGAGUUCGCGUCGUGCACUGUGCUGACGAUCGCCCACCGAUUAAACACUAUUAUGGACUCGACCAAGGUGAUGGUGCUGGACAAAGGCCAGCUCGUCGAGUACGCGCCUCCAGAACAACUACUACAGGACAAGAACUCGAUCUUCUACAGCAUGGCUAAAGACGCCGGCCUUGUCAACUAAGGUUUGACAUCUUUGAUAUACUCGAAUAUAGGCUCCGAUUUGGGCAACCACCAUUGACCUCGCAUAUAAACAAAUAGACUACCAAUCUCUGUAAAAAAGUGUCCGCGGUGCAUCUUGUCACUAAGCGACGGCGUGUCAAGAUCGAAUUUAGUCGCAAUGGGCGUAAUGACGACACUAUACGGCCGACAUUGCUCUUUAUUUUUACAACCGUAACAUCUUAUACUAUACACUACAUAAUUUAAUACUUUGGGACACUUUUAGAAAAAAUCCUUAGCGAUUGUUGAGUCCAUUUGUUUAUAGUAUGUCAGUGGCAACAACCAACUUAAUUUGACAGGACUAAAACUAGUUCUAUCUUUUUUUGUACUUAUUGUAAGUGAAGGAUGAAACUAGUUUAUGUGUUGUUAAACUAAAAUCAGGUUAAGUUUGUGCCCGUUGAAAUAGGCGCCAUAGACAGUCGAAUUUAAAUAGUAUCGAUAGUUUAGUUUGAAAUGUAUCUACGUUCAUAACUACAGAAGAAUGUAGUGAACUAUUUUGAUGGGGUUGAUACGUGAUUAAAUAAGGUAACAAAAAUACCUUAUUAAUUUUGCAACGUCAACCCAAAAACCCGACCCGGUGAAAAUAGUUCACUAUGUAUAAAGUGCGUGAAUCUUUAAAUGUGACUACAGAAGAAUGUUACAUAUCACUGGUACCGAAUUACUCAUAUUCGAAUCUAUAAAUUAUCUUUAAACACAAUUAUUAGUUACAGAACUGUCGAUGCUCAGCUGAAUACCGACGCACUUUCAAACUAAUACCUUGGGGCUUAGCAGGAUCAAACAACUUUUUUAUCCUUUUGUCCUUUUGAUCGUAUUAUACACAUCGUAUUAUAAAAUAAUUUGGGAUGAAAUCACAAAUUCAAUCUUAUCGUCCAUUUAAAAAUAUUAAGUAACACUUUCCAUGUCCAGUUAAGCUCCUAGUGCUAGUUUUGUUUCAAGAAAUAUUUAGUUUUUUUUUUACGUUAUAACUUCAUUGUGUUUUUUCAGUACGACUUUACAAAUUUAGUUACUAAAGCUGUUCUAUAGCUCAAAAUAUUAGGCUUUUCUAAGUACACUCGUAUUCAUGUCGCACUGAAAUAACCAUAGUACGGUACUUGCGAUUUGUAACAAAAUAUAUCUAUGAUUGUAAGAGAUCUUUUUACUUAAUUAUCGGCUAGUGUAACAUCUUGACUGCAGUCGCAAACUGUGUUCAUUACAAUAUGCGAGCGUCCGAGGCAAUAGGAUGCACUUGUAUAUUUUCUUAGGUACAUUUUUAAAUACUUUUUUUGUAAUAAAAUAUACUAUAAUUACUUAUCUAUGCUUACAACAACGAUAGAAACAAUCUCGUAGACACUGCUUGAAUCACACUUAAUAAACUUGUUUACGACAUAUGUUCCCUACUACCACACACGAUACAAUUUUUUUCUUUAAUACGUAAUGUACUUACUUAGUUUCGAAUUAUCAUUAUAAAACUUCUAAGAUUUAUCUACUUUAGAAGAUCGUUUAUAAAACGUUUUUAAUUCUUACAAAAACUCUUUCUCGAAUCUAGCGGCAGCGCUCGCGAUGUCCUUCUGGCUUAGGGUCCAAGACCAAUGAGAUAACAAUCCUCCGUUCCCCUGCCACUACGACAUUCGAAAAACUCAGUGUACUUAUUCCUACAAACUUAGUUAGGAACGUUUUACAAUUUUAUAUUAUUCACUCUCGAUUUUAGAACCAUAAAAUUGAUAAUAUGUAGGUACGUGACUUAAUUUACCCCAGUUAGUUAGCCCAGGUAUUCUAGGAUAAAUGUAAUACUUUAUAUUUACUUUGUUGUUUACUGAAUAAAUAAAGCUACGUCGUAUACACUACCAGUUUCGGACCGAACUGUACUUAAUUUCUAAGGUUCAUCGGUGUUUGAAAAACUGCACUAUGUACAGUGUCAGACGUCGUACUGUGGGGUAGAAUUACGGCAUUCACUACUUAGCAGGAAAGAGAUUUUAUUAAUUACCCGACUGCACCAGAAUGACGGUCAAGUUUUUAAGUGCUUUUUGUGUAAAAUAAUUUAUUUUGACCUAGAGAGAUUUGCAUUUUGAAGUGGACCCUUUUGUUCCCUUUAUAUCAUGUACGUCAAUAAGUUAUAAAUAAAUAAAUACUCUUCAGUUUUCUUGUAUUUGAGCAUCAUCACGUAAACCGGUUUUGCACCCACAGUGCAGCAGUGCAAAAUUUAAAAUCAAGUCAAUUAUCGACGCUUUCAAUAAUAUCUCGCUGUUCGUACAUAACAGUUAAUGUACAUAACCUGUACAGUAAACAAUAUAAUUGUACAAAUGCCCAGUAUCAUAAUGCAAAUAGUAGCAUACGUAAAUGACGACUAUUGGGUCACCGUGCUCAGCCUCCUGCGAUCAUCAUCGGUUUAAAUCAUCAAGAACAAGUAUGAUCGUUGUUUAAUAAUUAUUUAAUCGUUUAUUAUUCAUGUAGAUAAGGUAACUUCGGAGGUUCUCGGUGGUCCGCUAGUCGUGUAUUCAUAGAAUAAGGAAUAAUACUACGUAUAGAAUGGCAACUCUCUCCCCACCAGCGUCUGAGCUAGGUUUACCUCACCCCCCUUCGAACAUAGUUUAGCCUUGAAUCGUGAGCAGGGCGCGGACCGUUUUAUUUUUUAACAAAUUAGUUUAUAAGUUCAAAUUUUGAAAUAGGACCCCGACGUUCUUUCGUUUGAUUCGAAUAUUAAUCUCUUAGUAAUUAAACCUUCAUUGUUCAAUGUUUGUUUGUGAUUUGUGUGGUAAAUAAAUAAAUAAAUAUUAACUGAUUAUUAUAAAACAAACUUUCGCAAGUAGUACUACCUACCUAAGUAAAUAAUGACGAUUAAAUUAGGUAUUGUAAUUGGUAGUCCUCAGACGUCACACACACAGGCGUGUUGAUAAUGUCAAUGUGUAGGGUCUGUGUAAAACGAGGUUGUUUGUAUGAAGUGUCCGGGUGUGGUGUAUUAGUACUUAGACAUAAGACUACGCUCCCUGUGCCUAUUAGUAGGUUAAUCUCGAUGUAAACAAUGCGCGUUACUUACAAGUAAGCAUCGGAUUGAUAUGUUUUACCAUUGUGACGUAAGACAUUUUCGUUAAGAGUUAUAAAUAGUUAAUUUUUGCCUUAACAAUAUUGUGAUCGUUAUGAAGCAACUUUCUCUUGAUAUGAAGAUUAAACUAUCAACUUUAUCGAUACAAACUUGCCUAUGCAGAAUAAAAGCAUUUAAAAGAUAGUUUUUAAUUUUUGUAUUACAGUAUUUCGUAUUUUUUAAUAAGCCGUUUAUAUCCGUAAUACGUUUGUCAUUUGAACUACUUUUAUAGUCACAAAAUAUUUGUAGAUAAUGGUAUGAGUAGAAGUUGAUAUUUUGCUUCUUGUGUAAAUGAUGUGUUGUUAAAAGUAAUUAAUGUGUUUUUAUUUAAUCACAUCUUCAUAAAGUAUAUUUUUGUAAUAUACAUACAGUUUGAAUUGUUGUUGAAAAUACAAAAUGCAAUUUGAAAUGUAAAUAUACACUUAAAAUAAUUUUAAUUAAUGUGAAUAGAUUGUGUAGAUUUAUAUAAUACAAUGCAAUCCUGCCCUGUCUGUUCUAAUAUAAUUGAGAAAUUACGGCAGGCAGCUUAUUGUUACGCAAUACUAUAUUAAUUACUGCAAUACAGGUGUUUGACUUGCCUGAGUUAAGUUUUUAUAAAUGAUGCCCAUUAUAGCAAACACUUCUUUUAAGUUAUACUGCUAUUUACUGAUCCGCCAAAAAGGGACGAGAUUAAAAUCCGACAAUAUUAGAACGGACACCCAGGGUCCCAUCGAAUCAACUAUAGACCACACUGACGUAUGACCUUUUUGGCUCGAGGGCCAAACGCACGAGUUAUACGGAUACGUUCAUAAAUGUAAAGAAUAUUUGUUUAACAAUUCUGUCUAAUUUGUAGACUCAUAAUUCCCCGUCCUUUUCCUUUUUGGUGGAUUAAAAAAACAGAUAACAAUUAAAAUUAUGUUAACUUAGAACUGUUUGCCAGAAUCGGUAAUAACGUAUCCUUUAAAUAAUUACGUUAACGUUAGCACAAUUGAUGUUACGUUGUUCUUAGCGAGCUUCCUCACGACGCGAUGCAAUUUGUCAAAACUAGUGACGAUUUGAGUACAGGGUAAAUGACAUUAGAUAUACUUUUUACCAAUUGUCAAAACGACUAUGAAUUAAUGAGUUGUGAUAUCGUCAAAAAAUGGUUACACAUAGAACUUUUUGUAAUAUUGCCAACUUUACCCAAAAAACGCGCAGCCAUGCGAUAUCUGAUUGUGCCGUGAGAAAGGUCCCUAAGUUUAUUAUACGAUAUAAUUUUAUCUUCGAAUAUUUUAACAGAUGCUGACAUUAAGAUAAUUUAAUAAGUUCAUUUGUUAUGUAAUUCAUAUACAAGAUUUCAGAUUAUCUUCGUAAUAUAAAUAUUUGUACCAAUCAGGAA